AUGCCUUCGGAAAGCUCAUCUAGUCAGUCCUCUAGCGGCAACAACAGCGCGGGAAGUGCCGGCUCAAGCGGAAAGGCCCCAACCCAUUACCGAGUCGUCAGGGAGGGCUGGGGGGACCGUCCCACCUUCCAAGCCAGCCAUGGUCUCAGGAUGGACCCCACAGGCAUCGAAGAAGGGAACUUGAUCCUAGACGGCUACAUUCAGGCCGGGGAAGAGGCUUGGAGCAGCGGCAAGAAGUAA